AUGAAUGGGGAGAGCUUGGUGGUUUCAGCUUCAAUCAACAUCGGUUCGGCGGUCCUCAUCCUCACCCUCUUUUCAAUUCUGAGGAAACAGCCCUCCAAUGCCCCCGUCUACUACGCCCGCCGCCUCGCUCAGCACCACCACAUUUCUUUCCACCGCCGCUUCAAUUUCCGGCGGCUGCUGCCCUCUCUUGGCUGGAUUCGCUUCGCCCUCUCCGUCGUCGACGAUGAGAUUCUCGACUCAUGCGGCCUUGAUGUUUUGAUAUUCAUCCGCCUCUUUAAAUUCGGGAUCAAAUUCUUUUUGGAAUAUGAUGAUAUUUUGAUCAAGAGGCUUCAUCAACUUCAUAUCUUGAGGCAUCAGCCUAAUCAAUUCACUGUUUUAGUCCGAGAAAUCCCAUUAUGUGAUGAACACAAAGCCCGUGAUUGCUCUGUAGAUCAUUUUUUCUCGAAAUACCAUCCUCAUUCAUAUCAGUCUUAUCAGAUCCUAUACGACGGGAAGGAUCUCGAGAAAUUAUUCGCCGAGGCGAAGUCCGUUAAAACAAAAAUUGAGAAGUUGAGGAAUUAUUCACUUGGAAAGCUUAACAGGAAUUUCCAUCAAUCACGGAACGACGAUGUACAGGUAGAGAAACUGAAGGAAAUACUUGAGGACCUUGUUCGUAGAAUACAGCAUACACAGAGUAAAAAACAGCUUCAAGCAAAGGAGUUGCCUGUAGCUUUUGUUACAUUCAAAUCACGGUGGGGCGCCGCUUUAGCAGCCGAGUCUCAGCAGAUCUCGAACCCACUUGUAUGGAUAACAGAAAUGGCACCAGAAGCAAGAGAUGUAAUUUGGGGAAAUCUUGCAGUUCCAUGCAAGUACUUACCUCUUUACAAAUUUGGUGUCUAUGUGGCUGUAACACUGCUCACGGUCUUCUUUGCAGUACCUGUCACAGCUGUCCAGGGAAUCGCAAAAUUUGAUCGGCUGAAGAAGUGGUUUCCUCCUGCCAUGGCUGUGCAGUUAAUACCCGGGUUACAGUCUAUUGUGACGGGAUACCUCCCCAGCGUCAUUCUCAACGGUUUCGUCUACCUUGUUCCGUUUGCUAUGAUAGAAAUGGCGAAAUUAGCUGGUUAUGUCUCAAAGAGCCGAAAGGAUAUAAAGGCCUGCAACAUGGUAUUUUACUUCCUAGUCGGGAACGUCUUCUUCUUGUCCUUGUUAUCAGGAUCUCUACUCGAUCAAAUUGGGGAAUCAUUCAGCCACCCAAGGGAUUUUCCGGGCCGUCUUGCUAGUGCAGCUUCUGCCCAAGCCGAUUUUUUCAUGACGUACAUCUUGACGAAUGGACUGUCUGGGUUUUCACUGGAGAUUCUUCAGCCAGGGCUGCUUAUGUGGGACAAAAUGAAGUCACACAUGUGGGACUGGGGGAAGAAUAAACAACCUAACCUCUACUCGCUGCCUUAUUACCGUAUUGUCCCCUUUGUGGCUCUCGUCAUUUUGAUUGGGAUGGUUUAUGCAGUUGUGGCACCAUUGCUUGUCCCAUUUCUCGUUGGAUAUUUCUGUCUAGGCUAUGUUGUGUUUGUGAACCAGAUUCAAAAUGUGUACAUAACAACAUAUGAAACGUGUGGUCAAUAUUGGCCUUACAUUCAUCACUAUAUUCUGGUUGCAAUCGUCAUCAUGCAAAUCACAAUGAUUGGUCUUUUCGGGCUGAAAUCAAAGCCUGCAGCCUCUAUCUCCACAAUACCUCUCCUCGUUUUCACUUUGCUCUUCAAUGAAUAUUGCAAGGCCCGUUUCCUGCCUACAUUUUACCACUGCUCUGUCAAGGACGCGAGGGAUAGGGAUGAUUUUGAUGAGAAGACCGACCUAAUGGACGCUAAUUUACACAAUGCAAUAGAUGCCUACAGCCCUCCAUGUUUACGCCCUCCAGAUAUCGAGGAUGUAGAGUCGAGUUCCUUGGUGCCACUAAUAAGCUCCACAUGA